AUGGAAAUAAAAGAAAAGCCAUUGAAAUUAACAGCUGCAGUCCUCAAGAUAAUCGUGAAAGAAACACUUCGACUACAUCCACCAGGGCCCUUACUUGUUGCACGAGAAACCAUGUCCCACUUCAAAGUCCUCAGGUAUGAUGUUGACCCAAAAACAACAAUCCUUGUUAAUGAUUGGCCAAUCUCACGAGAUCCAGAAUUUUGGAACGACCCAGAAAAGUUCAUUCCGGAAAGAUUUGAUGAUAGGUCUAUUGAUUUUAUAAGGCAACACUUUGACUUCUUGCCAUUUGGAGCUAGUCGAAGAAUCUGUCCAGGGAUUUAUAUGGCAGCGACGACAAUGGAGCUUGCACUUGCCAGUUGUGCUGCUUUGAUUGGAAAGUGCCUGAUGGAAUGA